AUGGACAGCAUCAAUUGGGAUCUGGGUCGACACCUUAGUCGUCUGGAAGAGUACAUACAGCAAGGUGCUGAGCAGUUGUCUCAAGACGACUGGUAUGAAGUCUUCCUAUUCUUCUCUAUGUGGGAUACAGAUGCAUGGUGCUCUCCCUUGGGUCGGGACUUACAGCUGGCUCGUACCCAUCCCGCGCUGCUGGACUACGGCACUGCAGUCCGCGACUUGUCCUCGACGAUCGAGUUGCGGUUACACUGCAUGUAUGUUAACUAUUUCUGCACGAGUCAGGAGAAAGACCGAGUUCUUGAGGAUUUGAAACUGAUCCUUGAGGCGACGCGACAGUUGAGAGAGAGCCAGAAACUCUCGACUAUACUCCAGGUGGGCCGAGCCCUCAAGAGUGACGGAGGUGAACGAGGUGCUGCUGCCCAAGGAUUGAAGUUAUCAGUUGUAUUCGACCUUGUGAACAUCGAGGGAGAAAACGUGUCUUUGAUCGAAUACCUAGUCCAACAGCUGCGGGAUCGGCGACCAUCGUUGCUACAGUUCGAGGACGAGCUCAACAAGGCAACGGCUGAUGCCAUCGACGUGUGGUACAGCGAGGUAUCAGAGGAGUGGGGGCCUGAUGGCAUCGAUGAUAACGAGGAUGCUACUGAGGAGGAGUCUUCUGGAAUGGAAAGCAGUGGUCUUGACGCGUGA